AUGGACGACGAAAUGGACGCUCUUUUCGACGACCACCCGUCUCUAUCGGCUUCGUUGGAAGACUUUGCUGCCUCUAACAGACGAUCCCCUUUGCUCGACUUGCCAUCGCAGCAUUCCGGCUUCCGAUCAGAAGAUUCAGAUGACGGCCGACCUGGGCCUCAGGAGCGGUGGUCACCGCCCGCCCUACGACGGCCAGAGUCACUGGCAGGAAGCCAGUGGUAUCGUCAUGCGCCCUACGACCAUUUACACAUGAAGCCGACCUUACUACAACACAGCGCCCCUCAAUCCCGCGAGGCAAGCCCUCAGUAUGAAGACGCCCGGGAGGCGCCUCCUCUGCCGUCGCAACUGAGGAAUCCGAUUGACUUGGGUGAUAUCACGCUGGCGGCCAACGUGCCCCUGCCACCCGGUACUGACUCCCCGCUGAAGGGGCGAUCGGUUUCGCCAGAGCCUAAAGUCAAGGGACUUGUGCAGCAGGAUUUGAAUAGCGAUGGUCCAAGCUCAAACUAUGUGCGGUUCAGGAUGUCAGCCGAAGUAGCCCAAAGAGAACCACUGCAGGCUGUCUGGAAUGCCAUCCGACUACCACUCGACAGGAUGCAUGUCGCCAUGUUCAAAUCCACAACUAGCACAAUUUUCACCGUGCUCGUUGCCUUCUUGGCCAUUUUGCUCAUGCGUGUCCUCACACUUCCUCCGAGCUCUCAAUCAAUUCCAAAUCUGGUCAAGUUAUGUGCCUUUGCUCGCAAUUUUGAGCCUCUAAUAUAUUACUCUGAAAACGGAGUGCAGCAUAUAAGUAAUUUACAAGAAACUGGCAUCGCUGUCUGGGAUCUGGGUGAAUCGGUGAGAGGAAGCAACAUGACUAGUGCACCAAUCAUUGUCAAACAGUUGGAUGAGCUAUCCGGGUCAUUAAAGGACUUAUCUCUUGAACUGACCCGGUUCUUCGCCAAUGUCGACUCGGACAUCGACUCGAUUUUGCUGGUAAUGGACUGGAUACGACGAGAGCUUACGGCUAUCCACUCACAGCCGCCUGCUACUCUGCCUGGCAUUGUAAUGGACAAUAUCUACGGCAUGAUAUCUCAAGUUGCUACGCUGGAAAAACUGAAUACACCUACAUCUCCACCAACCACAGACGGGGACUCUACGUCAGCCAGCAGUACAACGCCAACUAUGCUCGGAGCUGUUGUGGCAACUGUCCUGGGACCAACCUCAGCCCAGCGCACACGCGCAGCACUAAUGCGCACAUUCACCGAAUUCCUAAACGUGCUGGAAGAAUCCAUCAACAGCGAACUCACUCACUCAACGGCGCUCGUUGCACUCUUCGAGUCCAUCGACCGUCAAUUCCUCAAUCUUCAGCGCGUCGUCGUGCGCGAAUCCGAUACCCAGGAACGGGAAGAAGGCGAAAUGCUCAGCUCCUUAUGGACCCGAGUUCUCGGCCCUAACGCGGUGGUGUUACGCAAAUACGAGAAAAACCGCAAACUGCUGGGUGACGUGCGUCGACGAACAGUCAGUAACAAACAUCAACUCAUGGACCACCAAGCACGCCUCCUUAACCUUAAAGCCAGCCUCGAAACUCUGCGUCGCAAACUCGUCAGCCCGCUGGUUCGCCCGAAUGAUUCGUAUAUGUCUUUGUCAUCGACAAGGACAACUAGCGCGGUUGAUAGCACGAACAAUGUGCUUGGCGCUAUUGAAGGUCAGAUCAAAGGCGUCGACGAAACCUAUGAGUAUCUCCGAGGACUGAGAGAGUCGCAAAAGGCGAAGUUGAUGGACAUGGUAUACGGAGCGGGGCGGAAUACAGGCAACAAUAACAACUAUCUUGGCCUUGAGGAGAUGAAUGAGAAGGGGAUGUGA